AUGCCGAGCCUCGCCGCCGCCGCCGCCGCUCGCCGCGCCGGGGAGGCCCUCCGCCGCGGCGUCAUGGGCGGUAGGUAUCUCUCUUCCCUCCGCCCGUCACCCGCUACUGCUGCCGCCCCCGACAGCGACGAGGUGCUGGUGGAAGGCAAGGCCAGUGCCCGCGCCUCCGUGCUCAACCGCCCCGGCCAUCUCAACGCCCUCACUACCACUAUGGGAGCUAGGCUCAACAAGUUCUAUGAAUCAUGGGAGGACAGCCCCGACAUUGGUUUCGUCAUGAUGAAGGGCAGCGGCCGAGCAUUCUGUGCUGGUGGGGAUGUUGUUGGAUUGCGCCAACUUAUCAAUGAAGGCAAGCUGGACGAGUCUAAAGAUUUUUUCAGGACUUUGUACAGUUUCAUCUAUGUUCUAGGCACAUACUUAAAACCACAUGUUGCCAUUCUUGACGGUGUUACUAUGGGUGGUGGAGGAGGCGUUUCCAUUCCUGGAACAUUUCGUGUUGCCACUGAUAGAACAGUGUUUGCCACUCCAGAAGUACAUAUUGGCUUUCAUCCAGAUGCUGCUGCCUCAUUUUAUUUGUCACACCUAACUGGUCAUGUUGGGGAAUACCUGGCCUUGACUGGUGAAAAACUCAAUGGAGUUGAUAUGCUUGCACUUGGCCUUGCCACACACUAUUCAAUUAGUGAGCACCUGGAUCUGGUUGAUGAACGACUUGCAAAAUUGGUUACUGAUGAUCCUUCAGUUAUUGAUUCUUCCCUUGCACAAUACGGAGACCUUGUUUAUCCAGAUAAGACAAGCAUUGUACAUAGGCUGGCGGUCAUAGAUAAAUGCUUCAGCCAUGAAACAGUUGAAGAGAUCGUGGAUGCAUUGGAAAGUGAAGCAGCUCAGUUGAAUGAAGAAUGGUGUACAUUGGCACUGAAAAGAUUGAAAGAGGCCUCCCCACUUGCUUUGAAAGUAUCACUACGAUCGAUACGUGAAGGUAGAUAUCAGACACUUGAUGAAUGCCUUGUGCGUGAAUACCGCAUGUCCAUCAAUGGCAUUUCAAAGCCAUUUUAUCAUGAUUUUUGUGAGGGUGUGAGAGCGCGACUGGUUGACAAGGACUUGGCCCCAAAGUGGGAUCCUCCUGCGCUCGAGUUCGUUUCCGAGGACAUGGUAGAUUCUUACUUUGCCCCACUAGGAGAAUUCGAGCCUGAACUAAAGCUGCCCACAGAACAACGAGAGGCAUUCAUAUAG